GAUGCCUCUGGAUGUUCAAUGAUAGCACUCCUCCAUACUGGAGCAGCAAAGUUUCCCCAAAACUUACUUCCAAGGGCAAGACAAGCUGUGUGCUCCCUCCUCCCGGCCGGUGUUCUCAAAGGGUACGGCUCCAUCGUAAGCAGGAAACUGGCGUCCCACGGCUUUGGAGCUUCCAUGGCAGCAAUGUCAUCCUUCCCUCCACAGAGAUAUCACUACUUCUUAGUGCUGGAUUUUGAGGCUACGUGUGAUAAACCACAGAUUCAUCCUCAGGAAAUCAUCGAAUUCCCUAUCCUGAAGCUGAAUGGCAGGACGAUGGAGAUUGAAUCCACCUUUCACAUGUAUGUUCAGCCUGUGGUGCAUCCCCAGCUUACGCCCUUCUGUACAGAG